AUGUCAGAAGUCCAAUCAGAAGUUAUUCCAUACUAUUCUGACUCUUUGCUAUUAUACUUGGAUGAUGAAAAAAUCGAAGAAAUAAAGAAGAACUUUAAUAAGCAAUCAUGCAAUAAUAAUCAGAAAUACGAAGAAGAAUCUGUUGCUUCGUCCGAACCACGAUCGAGGGAGGACCUACCGGUAGAAACAGAAGAAGGAAGUCUAAGAGAGACGUCGACUGGCGCAGUUGAACAAACAGCAAGUGAAUCGCACUCAAGCACCAGAUCGAAAAGAAAGCGAAAAGUGUCAAAGAGAAGGAGAGAUGUAUUUUAUCCACCGCUAAUAUAUUUUUAA